CCUGCCACUCUUGUCACCCCUCUCAAAUCAGCCUGCAGGACAAAAGAUAGUGGAAAAUGGGAUCAAAGGAACUUUUAGUUGUCAAAGCCAAGAGAUUAGCAAGUGGGUGUCAUCCAGCUGAAUGUGUUUGCCCCGUAUCCACUAUAGUAGGCAGGAAGAUAAGAAGGUUAAAACUUCACAAGUCUUUUGCCUCAUAAGUUGUUUGUAGAUUGGCUGUAGCAAAUCUUAGUCAGGGUCUCAUAUUGAAGAAAGAUAUAACAACACAAAAUCUAAACAAACAUCUUUAACAUUUUGCUUUACCUCAUUCAAUCAGUCCCAUCUCUAAAUCCACUUCUAUUCCCCUUUAAAGUCUCACCCAGUUGGAGGUGUUAUAGCCAAUCAAUUUCCUCUUUUGCGUUGCAUUUAUUUUAUUACAAGGAAUCCUGAAUCCUCUUAUGAUGACACUUGUUCCAAUCACUGCACAGCUGCUUCAUGUUCAGGCAAGCAGCGGAGACGUUCCUUUACGGUGUUCUGUGAUGUUGGUGAUGGACUCCUAUCUUUCUCUCUGGAUGCAGCUCGAAUGUCAUUGUCUGUCUCAAAGAUGCUGGUUGCCUCAAUGACUAAAAACAUUAACAUGAAAAGUACAUGUUUCAGGAAGAUAAAAGACAAAAUCAAAGUUUAGAUGUUUUACCUGUGUAAAAUUUUCCAUUCUGAAGAAAUUUAUUGUACUGCUUUUAUUUUAAAGAAUUCUUUAGAAAGCCUUUUUAGGCUCAGUCAACAAAAACUGAAACAAGGAAAGUUUGCUACAGAUACAGGUGAACAGACAACACAAUAGCACAAGCAUGCACAGUGACAAAUGAACUUGUGCUAAAGUUUAGAAGAAAUUAUGGUGAAAAAAAAAAUCCUGUCAAAUCCUUCAAAUGUGGCAGUCAUAAUCUACGUAACUCCCACAGUCUGGGAGACCGGUUUAAGAUGACGUGGUAGAACCAUUGUGUAUUUUGUGUGAGCAUACACACAUACGCAUCUUGCUUUGGGGGGAACCAGCGCAUGUAAAUAUAAUACUCAAACCAAAAAUGCAAGGCUGGGCAUCACACUUCCCUUUAAGUGUGAAGAAAUUCAAAUGUUAUAUAAAGAAGCUAAAAUUCAUUUCAUUUUGCAUGUUGUUUCUAGUUUCAUAGUACCGGAUGUUUGCAAUGAGGUUAAUCCAAAAGCACUUUACUAAAUACAUCCGUACAGGCCCGUUCUUAGCCCCCACGAGGCCGGAGGCAUAGGACGUGCAGGAACCUUAAUGCCACGAUUUUAGUUGAGAUCUAAAGGCAUUUUCUACUACCAUGCCUCAUCUGCCUGCCCCUAAGCACGGCCUUGCAUCUGUAAAUGCUUAGCUAACGUGAAUGCAAAUUUCAUGAAUUCUUAGUAUCUUCAUAUAAUUGUCCACCUGAAAGUAGUUUAGUCUAAUAUGUAUGACACUAUUCUUAUUAUAUCUAGUUUUCAUCAGCUUUAUGUGUAAUGGGUGUAUCUUUUAUGCAACAAAAUGCCACAUGUAAAGCCUUGAAAGGGUGGUGAUGUUUUUAUCAACAGUUUCACUAGUCUAUAGAAUGUGCUUUGUCUUUGUUUAUUUAGCUGGAGGAGAUGACUAAUACUGGAGAAUUCCAUUUAAGAAUUUUUGAAUUUGUUACAACAUGGAUCUAGAAAACACAACACUGAAAAACAUAUGUAUACUGACAUACAAAAUCAAUGUGCUUGUAUGGCUGGUGUCAUGGAAUGUCAUACUACAAUGUGAGAAAACAGAACUCACAGAAAUGGACAAUGUAUGGCUGACAUCAAACAUCAAUAGUUAUGUGCUAUUCAUAAUCCAUUGAAAUGUUUACAGACACUUUAUGCGACAAUAAAAUAUUGUUAUUUGGGCAAAUUGAAGGAAAUGCUCAUAAAUACACUGAUAACAAAGUGUGGGAAAAAAAAGCUGUCCUGCAUAAGGAAAGGUGCAAUAUUUGUUGGAAGUAACGCCAUUAACGUUUUUGGUGAAUGUUGUCCAAACUGGAUUCAAUUCACUUUUCAACACAAGUCAAUCACCAUUUAUCUAGUCUUUAUUAAACAGCGCGAUGUUAACUUUUUAAACACUAAUUUUCUUGCCUCAAAAAAUCGUACCAGUAUAAAUGGCUUCUUAAUUUUUUAAAUCUUCCAUAUUUUGCUUUGUUGGUCUGAUUAAAGAUAAGAACCCAAUAAAAAGAAAAAGUCUUGUGAAUGCUUGUGGUCGUUAUCGUUUGAAAACUGUGAUCGAAGGCCACGUGCACAGCUGCAGUGCUGGAUCAACCUUUAUUUCUAUAGUUUUCGCAACACAGUUCUCUGGAUACACAACAUAUCUUUAAACAUGAGUUGGUUGAUGCUGAUAUUUAAAACGGAUUGUGAGUGAAAUUAAAAAUAAUGUUAUUAGGGCCCCCUCAUUUGAACAUGAAAUAAAUAUACCAUUUGGCACAAUGUCUACAAAUCCAAGCACCACGAAAAAUGUACACAGCAACGAUGAAGCAGGUAGCAUGCACUUUAAUAACAUCCAGUUACUGUACUCGUACUAUUAAUACUAAUGUUACAGGUCUUCGCCUGGACAACUGUGCUCGGUGCCUGUGAAAGUGAUGAAGGGGCACAGCCCAUGACCCACUCGUGCCAGUGCCACACUCGACACAAACAUUGAUUAGUUCGCAUCAACAAUUCUUCAUGGCAUCAGACAGCCGACGAUGUUACUUCUUGAAGAUUAUGCUCAUCCAAUCACUGAAUUAGAGCUGCAACAUGUGCAUAAACAAAGGCGUGCAACACGUAAACUAAAUGUAACAUGGAGCUCACUCCAUUCUUACACACUUCAAUUUGACGACGACAGUCGGCUUCAAUGACAAAAAUCUGUUAAUUUUGCAAAAAAGUUGUUUAUCAAAUGAAAAUAAAAAAGCGAUAUGCAUGAAUCGACACAGCUGUUUAAAUAUCAUACGCACGAUUAACAACAAUCUUGACUGUAGGUCAGUUGAGUUUUACAAACAUCUGACACAAAACUUUCAGAACCGUCGCUUUCUGCGGUAAUAUUACGAAUCUGAAAGGGAUCAGGAAGACAAAAUUAAUAAACUGUUAGUUUUAAAAUUACUUUUAACAGCAGUGAAAUAUUUUAUUGAGGACAAUGUUGGGGUUUUAUCUUCAAACCGAAAAGUCUUAUCAUGCUUGCUGGUGGAAUUUCUCCGAUCCGACUUUUGCAACCACUUUGCAAGAGGCCGUGUAGGAGCGGAUACUCGCGCACGCUCAUUCAUGCUCAGCAAGAAAAACCGAGUGCAGCAAGAUAAAGAUGCUGAGGUAACAGAACCAGAUGGAACAAGCUGAAGAAGUUUUGCAUCUUUGGUUUUAUAUCAGCUUUAGACCUAGUAGCAGCUUCGGUUUAAAAUUCUUUGUGCAGUUCUUGGUGUAAAGCAUUUUUGCUGGAGUUGAAAAUGUUCACAUACAUCUUUAUGCUGUAUCAUGUCCAUCUUGUGUGUAUACAAGUUGCUGUUGCAAAUAAGUGAUGCCUAUAUUUCCAGAAGGCAUGGAUGGUGCUGUGUGUCUUCUUGUCACUGGUGGUGAUGUUUUUUGGACUUUUUAGAAAAGAAAAGUUUGAUAAAGAUGCUGCUUGUACAAACAAUAGAUUUACUUCUAGUCAGCUGUGUUAUUAGCAAAAGCAUUGAUAGUUAAUCAGAAAAUUGUUUGUAUAAAUAAAAUACGCUGUCGUGAGAAACUUCCGUCAUGGCAGACACAGACAGAAUAAACUCAGACUGUGGUGGGGGUGCUGAAGCUACCAACCAUGGACAUAACACCCACCGAUCAGAAGCAUCUGAAAAUUUAUCAUUGUCACCCUCAUCAGCAUCGUCCACUGGGCCAAUGAGACAGCUGGAGUUCAACCAGGCUAUGAAUGAUUUUCAAAAUAUGUUUCCUGGCAUGGACACGGAGGUUAUUGAGGCAGUGUUACGAGCAAACAAUGGCAUUGUUGAUGCUACAAUUGAUCAGCUUUUGACAAUGAGCAUUGACAAUGGUGAUGAUGACUUACCAGAUCACAUUUUAAUGUCUGUGCAAAGAGAAGUUGCUCUUGAAGCAGGAAAUCAUGGAGUAAACAAGAGUCCCUUCUCCCCUUUGGAAGAUACUGCUUUUGAGGAAUCACCUCCUCCAUACACAGAAGCCAUCAAGUCAUCUCAUGUAAUGAGUAGGAGCUCUGAAAGUCACUGUCGUCAUGGACAGCAACGCCAUUCUAGCCAUAGGCUUCAUCCUGGUUCUCCCACACGAAGCAGUCCACGUCAUCACCCACACAAGCCUCGCUCACCAACCCCUGUAGAUCUUGAACCUGAUGCAGAUUUUAUAAACAGCACUACAGAAAACAAGCGGAUGUCAACAUCAUGGGACAUCUCCAGUUCACCUAGCUCUCUUAUCUUUUCUGACCACACAGAUAUCAGUAGGCUUGCUCAAGGGAGAGGAGAUGCAAGGCAUGCCUCAGCUGGACAAAAGAAAGAUUUAUCAGGUUCUACUGCUGCAAAAGUACAGCGUUGUGGUGUGAAAAGUUCUGGAAAACAAGUUAUUCCAGUGGGCAAGGACUAUCCUGGCACUGAAGAAACAGCAGGCUCAACAGGUAAAAUUCAUCCCCAAUCACGCAAGGUGUCAUGGAAUACUGCAUCUGUGCCAGUGAGAUCUAAAUCAUUUGGAGUUUCAGAUAGUAAAAGUUCCUGGGAAGGUAGACAUCAGCCUGGCAACUCCAGAUACAAACCUUCUGUGAGAGGCAGUCCAGUCAAGUUACCUCCUUAUCGCAACUGGAAUCCCCCUUUACUUGGGACUUUGCCAGAUGAUUUUUUGCGCCUGACUCCUUGCCUUUUGGAAAGAAUACCAUUAGGGGGCCAGAAACCAGAUGCUGAUCAUCGCAGAAACCUUUCAUCGGGUUCAAACAGAUCACAGUCAGGUGGAGAAGAGGCAUGUGAUGUACAAAAAGCUAGACGAAGCCGCCAGUCACGUAUGCCACAACGGUCACUUUCAUUUGCAGGAGCUUCUAGGCAUUCUUUUCAAAGGAUAGCUUCAGAAGACCUCAGCAGUGAAUUCAUACAGAGAAGAAUAAAAGAAAAUGAAAGACGCCGACGCCUUGCCUCUGCUGACCUUGACCCUGAACUUGCUCAAUAUUUGGAAGAUGAGAGACUGGCUCUUAUUCUUCAAAACUCAGAAUUUUUGCGGGAACUUAGAGAUGAUGAGGAUUUCAUGCAGACUCUGGAGAAAGAUCGCCAAACUUCUGUUGUGGACUCUGUACCUGUACCAGUUCCAGUAGAGACUGCCUCUCAGAAUGUACCCUCUGUGUCGGUAGCAAAACCAGGUGAUGAAGGAUAUGGAAAUGAUCACCAGUCAACUUUAGAGGCAUUUCCUUUCAGUCAGCAGCUACCAAAGGCAGAUGAAGUUGAUGCAGAACUUCUACAAAAGCUUAGGCACAUGGGAAAAGCCUCAAAAAAACAGUUUGCUGCCCUUGCAAGAAAAUUUUUCUCCAGGAAGAGAAAAAAAUCUCCUCGACACUUAUUACGAGACACGCUUGCUCCUUCUAUGACUAACCUACUAGAUGAUGAAGAAGAGGAUGAGGGAGAAGAUAUUCAAGAGACAUCACCACAUGAUGUUGCUUCCAACUCUGAUUCUGACCAUUGUGGUCAUCAUGCAGAUGGUCUUCAGACUCGCAAAGACACAGAGAUCAAGUGAGACACUCUCAAGUCUACAUUUGUUGGCAUGAGGCGCCAGAUUUUAUGAGAUGUGAUGUUUAAGAACCAAAGUUCCCAGUACUGAAACCUAUCAUAACAAAUAAAUCACAAAAUAUCAGCAAGAACCCAUUAAAAAAAUUAGUCACAAAUGUUUAAUUCGUACAGCUUUCCAGCAGUUUGACUGCAGUGAUGAUAAUUAUUUGUUUUAUGUGAAUUAUCUGAGAUGAGUAUGAUCUGGGGUAAGGACGAGUAGAUAUAAGAUACCUUGAUGAUGAAUGAGAGAUAAACAUUUUUGUCACAUUGAGAUUCAAGAUUUUAUUUAAUCUUUAAAUUUACAGGUGUUUCUCAAUGUGUAAUAAAAUUUCAUGAGAUUUUUCUCUUGUAAUAGCCAUUUUAUUUAAAUUUAUUGUACUUUAUAUGGCAUGUAAACAAAAAAAUUAAAGCAUGAGAAAAGAUUGAUAGCAGCAUGAAAGGGGUACAACGCCAUCUUAGUCAAACUAGCCCCAUUAUAAAUUAAGCAAGCUGUGGGUAGUACACGAAGACAAAAAAACUGUUGAACUGUACACUAAAUUAUUUGCGUCCAGUUAGCGUGUAUGCUUAAAUUUGUGUCCACAUGAUCUAUUUAAAAUGUUAAGAUCAAAAUUUAAAAUUCAAAGUGUAUAAGUAAAGGUGUCGGAGAUUAUAAGUGUAACCAAAACUUUGCCUACCUAGUUUGUGAUCAUGUGAGUGACAAAAACUGGUUUUCAUAAAAUGUUGCUUCAUAGCCAAGCUCAAUGAUGCAUGCGCUAUAUGUUAUGGAGAAAAGACGUGUGCACAUCUUUCCACAUGACAAAGAGCAAUGAAAUCUAACUUGCUGAUAUUAUUUAAUUCUUAUGCAUGUAUUUUUUUUUUAAUGGUUUGUAAAGUGCUCUAGAAAAUAGACCAAGCAAAUGGCCUCAGAAUUGUGUUUUAAAGUUUUGUACAUUUGCCAUUUAUAUGCAGUGAUAACACUGAUCAUUGAAAACAAAUAGAAUCAAACCUUAUGAGCUUGUCAAGAGAGGUUUAACAGGCAAACUGCUUGAGAGUAAAUCCAUUUUGUGUGAACUUGGUGAGCUAACAAGUUUUAGUCUGGGCCAGAAAGGCCAAAACACUAAUAUGUGACUACAUGAAAUAAAAAUUAGUGUUUUAAGUAACAUUUAAUGUAAUUCCCUCUACUCCCAAACAAAUCCUGAUCCUACGUUACUUUAGAGCCCAAAUUAAGAAAUAAUUGUCACAGAACACCUAUAAAUGCUUUAAAAAAAAAAAAAUAUAUAUAUAUAUCAAGAUUGUUUUUCAUCUUAGUUCAAAGGACUUAAGUGGACUGUAUUUUUAACCAAAAGAUAAGUGUAAAAAAUACACUGAAGAUUGGCAGAUUUAAAGACGUCUUCACUGGAAUAGGCAGUUCAAUUAGUCAUCUUAAAUCUACUUUUUUCUUUUUUCACACUAGCUAAAUGUCUAUAAUGCAUAUGAAAAUGGACACCUAGGUUGUGUUGCUGUAUUCUUCAUGUAAGAUGCUUCAAUCCUUUUAUCUUUGUGUUUAUUGAUAUCUACUCAUGUAUGCACUGCCUUAGAAUAAAGGCUUUCCUUUUCUAAUUGUCACAAACUGCCCUACCAGACAAAGAUAUGCAUGAGUGCAUGAUACUGACAAAAAAGACGAACAAGAAAAGACUGGCUAUAAGUAAAGCAAAAUGCCUGGAAGAAGAGCAAAGCUGGUAGUUUGCGAUAUUCCUUAAAGGCUGUCCUCACUAAUAGUGAUGUCUUCUGGUUACCUGUGGCAUUUUCGAUACAAAUCUGGUGAUCUUCACACAUUUGUGUCCAGUCCGUGAGUCUUUUCUUCAUCCCUGUUUAUUUUCAGCUAAGAUAAAGAGUAUUGUCUGGGACAUUUCCUUUUUUAAUAUGUUAAUGAUGUUAUGCUCUUCAUCGUCUGAGAAUGAGUGAAAAUUGUGUUCAGAAAAUUGUGAUAUUAACUGAUGCAUACAGUUUUUAUGUCACAAAAUAUUCAACCAAAAGUGAUAGAAGCGGGAUCAAGCUAUUUGUAGAAUCUUCUUUACUGACUAGCAUGACAGGCUUUAUAUAUAUAUUAACUGUGAUCAACAAACUUCAGAAAUGUUGAGAAUCUUGUCCAAAAAAAAAAAAAAGGUAAAAUUCAGCAGCAGUUAGAGUUCAUGUGCUGAGCCAUCCCCGUAAAAAAUGACUUGUAUCAUCUGCUUAGGAAGGUGGCAAUUAAAAAAAAUGGAUUGCACAAUUUAAGUGGAAGAAAAAUAAUGAUUUAAAGUUGUUCAGAUAGUAUAUGUAUAUGUACCUGUCAAGAAAGGCUAGCAAUCAUUAGCAGUAUUCUUUGGAGAAAAUGCAAAAUGUCAUUUUUUAUAGUUGGUGUUCAUGAGGCAAUGUCAUAUUCCAGGGUAAUAUCUAGCUGUGUGUCCAGAUGAAGGUAUGCAUUGUGCUUACAUAUUUUCAUGUGCAUGCAUAUUUAAUCAUGCAUAGAUGUAGUGUAAGUAUACAGAAGUGCAAUCAUCUGUUUUGUAACAGUUCAAAGGAUUUGUUCCCCACUUUGCACAACUCAAUCUUGUGUAUAAAAAGAAGGCAAAUUGAAACUUAUUACUUGACAACAUUAGGUUAUGGACUGUGAUGUGUUGUGCAGGAUGUGAUACUGAAUUUUUUGUGGAAACUUUCAUGGUAAAAGUGUUCUUUAUAAAAUUGAAAAAUGUUUUUUUAGCUAUUGUAAUUUUUUUCUUUCCAGUUUGAUUUUUUUUUUCGGUCACCUUACGGCAAAAUUAGCUAUACAUACAGUGCCAGUGGAUCAAAACAAAACAUAUAGGGCAAGAAUCUGGUUUUUUGUCAAAUAUUGAAUUGUAUAAUGUGAAAAAUGAUGUAGUACAUGUAAUUUUUAUGUUAGUGAAAAACAUUCCUUAACUUAAACUCGUAAUUGUUUUAAAAAGAUGUACAGUGAUGCAAAAUAAUCCAUUUUUUCAGGUAUUUGAAUUAUUAUAUUGAUGCCAAAUAACCUAAAAUUAAUUUUUAAAAAAUUCAUAUGUGAGUGACUUAUAAGAUGAUGUACAUUUAUACCACUUUAGAUGUAAGGAUUUUGUGAAAAUAUUCAUAAUUUUUGUGCAGUCCUAAUUUCGUCACAGGCUAUGAUCUACAGCAAUGUGCUUUGAGCCUUCUGACAAUCAAAAUGAUGUCCCAUUGUUUGUGGCAUCAAUCAAAGUGAUGCCCCAUUGUUUUGGUUCAAUCAAAAUGAUGCCUCAGCGUUUGUGGUCUUAAAAUAAAUUUUUCAGAAGCUUCAACAAAGUACCUGUAACACAUGUACACGUUUAAAAAUGUAAUUUUAAGUUAUUGUGGGGGAGAUGUCUGUCCUUAUAAAUGUUUAUAUCAACAAAACUUACAUUUCCAAUCAUUUUCUCAGGAAUAUGUCACAUCCAAGUAUAAUUUUUGUCAUUGUUACUAAAAAGAUAAUGUUAUUAUGGUUCUAAUUUAGCAAAAUUAGCUCGUUAUAAGGACCGUGAUGUUGUUAUAUCACUUGACACCAAAUCAGAUUCUUGACCCUAUAUAAGUGGCAUUUACAGUUACAAGCUAUUAUGUUUUAAAUAUAACAUUUCUAAAAUUAAAUGCCAUUAUUAUUGCUACAGUUUUUAAAUUAAAAAGUAACAAUAUUCAUAACAUAAUUUCUUUUAACUGAUAUGAUGAAGUGUGAAUCGAAAGAAGAUAAAUAGCUUUGCAGAGUUGAAGCAAGUUUCACAAAUUGGAAAUCUAUAAAGAAGCAGUUGGGGUCUCUGCCCAAGAUAGUUCAUUGUUUUUAAAUUCGCCUUUGGUUUGUACUUGAAUUUGAAACAGAUUUUUACACUUUUAUUUAUAUGAAAAAGAAGAAAUUUUGUGUGCUGCUGUUGUGGUUUCACAGCUACUGGCAUCCAAAUGUUUCACGUCUCUUUCACAAGACUGUACAUUGUUGUGUGUGGUAAGAUCUUUGCUGUUGAGACUAUUCAUUUGUUGUGAAACACUUUGACUGGAAGUGAUGGUAGCAAGGAUAUCUGUUGCUUUAUUUUGUACAGCACCGAUUGCAUGCUUGAUGUUUUCACCCUCAUUUCACGUGUUCAUAUUGGCUAUUUUGUGUGUGUGCGUGCGCACAUGCAUACAUGUGUAUGUAUGCAAGUGAAGGUUUGUAUAUGCACAUGAACUUUCAUUAUUAAACACAUCUUUGAAAGUAGGGCAGCCUGGUGGUGCAGUGGCUAGCGCCUGUCACCAAUACAGUGAGGGUUGGCUGUCCUGGGUUCUACUCUCAUCUCAGGCUGCUGUUCUUUCUCUGUAUGUGGCAUCUAUUUGCUAGGCUGACUGCCUUGCCGUGAUAUAUCCUCAGUUGCUGGCUCAGCGUAAAGCACAAAUUUCCCCUCCCCAACUCUUGAAAAGUAAACCCAUUGAGCAGGAAUAGUCUUUUUGAUUGCAACUUUUUUUUUUUUUUUUUUUUGUGCUCCAUUUGCCAGUUUAUUUUGAAAAUUAGAUUUAAGAUUUUACAAAAUAGUUCAUGACAAAUCCCAAUAAAAGCUGUUUUACAAAGGAAGAAAAUUUGAAAAUCAGACUGAUUAAAAAGGAUAUUUCUUAUUAGCCUUCAUCAGUAGUUUUCAUACACAUUCUUAUGAUAAUCUGUGCUGUAGCACACUGUUGAUUUCUUUUUGUGGUUUAGCCUCCAAAAGUUUAAUACCAUCUGCAGCCUUGGUCUUGAAAUUUUUGUUUUCAAAGUGUUGGAAAUUGGCAUGUUUAAAAUGGAUCGUUAUUCGUGGCCCUCUUUUAUAAAUGACUUCCCAAGUUUAUACUGCCUUGAACAGUAGACAGGCAUCAUUCUUGCUGUGUAACAGUGUCAAUGUUUUCAUCUAUUUUGGAGAAUAUUUUAGUGGGACGUUCCAGACGUGCGAUUUAAAAUUGGGAUGCAGUUAUGUGUUUCAUAUGGGUAUGUUAGAGGAAAGACAAGAAUACUUUUAUAAGAGCUAUAUUUUUCAACAUUUGUAUCAUUUUUUUUUUUCAGAUAGCCUUCAAAAAUAUUUAGCUUGGAAAAGUAGAAAGAUCUGAUUUGUGUUUUUUU